GCUGCAAUGACACUUGACUUUUCUUUUUUUUAUUGCGCAUGACAAAUGUGACACUAACAGGGGGGACGUCGCGAAUUUUUCACGGUUUUCCUUCUUUUGUGAUGGGAAAUGUGUUGGGGGGUCAACAAUAAAAUGGUGUAACACGAAAUGCACACCACACACUACACGCUGAUUUUCAUAAAAACCCAAAACCACGUGCUGCUGGGAUACAAGAAACGCGGGUUCGGUCAACAAAAAUGGAACGGUUUUGGAGGAAAACUGGAAGAGAACGAAACCAUAUCGGAAGGUGCAAUUCGCGAAUUAUUCGAAGAAAGCAAUUUAGUGGUGGAGAAACAGCAUUUACAUUACAUGGGCGUUGUUACUUACGAUGAUGACGUUCACAGAAGGAUUGUAUAUAUUUUUAGCGCUAGUCAGGUGGAAGGCGAUUUAAAGGAAAGCGACGAGAUGAGACCCCAAUGGUUCGAGUUCGAAAACAUUCCCUAUCAUAAUAUGUGGCCGGAUUCACAAUUUUGGUUACCGUUAGUAUUAAAUGAUCAUCACUUACAAGCGCGUUUUACUUACAACGACUACAAAAUUUACAAGUACAACGUUGAGCAAUUGGACGUGAUACCGGAUCUCAUACAUGUUGAAGCGUAAUAUUUAUUUGUUAAAAAGAAUGUAAUUAUUUGUUUUAUUUUUAUUUAAAAAAGAAUAGUACUCA